AAAAAUCUGUGAAAAAUUGGGCUAUGGAAUCUUCAGGGGAAUCCCGUGACGUAUUAUGUCACAUGAUCAAUUAAAGAUGGAGGAAAAUCAAUGAAACAAGAACCGUAAGAAACAGGUUUUUCUAGACUGGUUUCCUUGGAGAAAUUGUUGCAGAAGGGAUCUUAAUUUAUCAGUAUGGAUCCUAACUCACACCGGCGAAUGUCGGCAUCAGGCCAAUCACUCUAUGCAGUAUUAGGAAUAGACAAAUCAGCCGAUCAAACAGAAGUUAAAAAAACAUACAGAAAACUAGCAUUAAAAUAUCAUCCAGACAAAAAUCCAGACCAGGAAGCAAAAGAAAAAUUCCAAGAGAUCAACCAUGCACAUGCUGUCUUGAGUGAUACAACUAAGAGAGGUAUAUAUGACAGAUAUGGUUCUCUGGGACUCUAUGUUGCUGAGCAAUUUGGAGAGGAGAAUGUCAAUACUUACUUUGUCCUAACUAGCGGCUGGUGUAAGGGCUUGUUCAUAUUCUGUGGCAUUAUAACUGGUUGCUACUGUUGUUGCUGUCUCUGUUGUUGCUGCAACUUCUGUUGUGGCAAGUGCAAGCCACGCCCUCCUGAUGAGGAUGGAGCAUAUGCCAAUCUACAUGAGGAAUUUAGCAGUCCUGAAACAUCAGAGGGAGAUGGUCCUGGGAGUCCAGUUACUAGUCAGCCAAAGAGUACUACCAUUCCAAUGCCCCCUCCCUCUGAUCCUACAGCUGAGAGACAAAACAUAGACACAAAAGGACAGCCGAACUAUGGGGCAGGAACUGGAGACCCUCUUACCACCCAACCUUAAUGAAAAUAAAUUGUAAUGGAAGUUUUCCACAUGUAUGUUGAUUCAAGCAUAAACUCAUGUUGGCUUGACUCAAUAGAAUGUGUUCAUUUUAUAGCUAAGUAAUAUUGUGGUAGACAUUCUACCUGGCCAAUACAUGCAAUAUAUUACACUUCAACUGCAUGUAAAUUUACAGUUCUUACUAGGCUAACAUUUGGCUUUGGGGAUACUUAUACUUAAUUAUCAAAUAUUUGUCAAAUUGGCAUGUAUAAAGUGUAUGCAUGUAAUAAGUGAAUUGUAAAACCGGUCUAAUCCAAGCAUCAAUGGGACCAGCAGAA